GGAAAAUUUCAUGCAAUUUAAACAAAAAUUUAAAACUAAAUUUUAUAUAAUAAAAAAUAUUUUGCUCGGAAAUGUGAAGACUGCAAAUUUAUUAAAAGGGGAAAUGUAAACUGAUUUACAAUAAAAAAUAACCAAAAUAUUCAAAUAAGUUGAGACAAUUAAAAAAUUAAUUUAAUAAAAUUUAAUUUAAAAAGAUAAAUUAAUUAACACCAAAUCCAAAUACAGUCAACAACAUGGCCAUCGCUUACUUUAUACCCGACCAAAUCAAGCUGCUGGCGGCCAGCAGCGCCAACAACAGUCACACCAGCACGAAUAGCGGCGGCGGUGUUGGGGUCGGCAACACGAACCCAACCGCAACUGCCACGCCACAACCAGCAGCAACAGCAGCAGCGAACAGUCCGAGCGGUGGACACCCGCAUGGCACACAUCAUCAUCACAACAGCAAUAACAAUUUUCGCGCCAACAUCACCAUACCGCUGAGUGCCUACAGCGCCACAGCUGCACAAACGGACACCGGUUGCUGGGAUUUGUUAACGCAAAUAUUCUGUCAUGCUUUGCGUUUUUGCCAUCAAUCCGAACGGCAUCCGACUGUAAUACAAAUCUCUGUGGAAAUCAGUCAAGGCGAUGCGACGGGCGCCACAACGGUGCAAGUAGGUGCGGCGGCGCUGCCAGUGGAACAGGCGCACCAACAGACAGCGUCGCCGACGUUAGUUGGACAUACAACAGCGGUGCCGCAAAAUGCGGCAACACAAAAUGUGGCGACUGGAAAUGUGUCUGCAGCCGGCGUGGCACGACCGACGGUGUCAAGUGCUGAGGCAGCGGCGCCGGUUGUGAGUAGCAGAAAUCUGGAGCCCGGCACGCAUAAGCCGGCGGCGAGCAGGCGUUAAGACUACUGAGGCAUUCAAGGUUGAAAGUGUGCGCGAAAGUUUUGAUUGAAAAUCGAAAAUGAAAUCAGAUUUUCGGCACAGCCUUGCAACUGCAACCAAGCAACGAAUGAAGCUCCUCUGGGAGCACUUUGUAAAAGACCAUCAUUAAGCUCAUUCAAAGCGCAUUGUGAUUCCGUGGAAGGUGACGCAUACUUUGCAACAAAACAUUUUAAGUUUUUUAUAACAAAAUUUCGGCCGUACAAGAUUUAAAAUUUGUGAA